AUGGCGGCACCAUCCCUCCACUUCCUCCUCCUCCUCUCCGACUCCGCUCUCCCCUUGGGCUCUUUCGCCUUCUCCUCCGGUCUAGAAUCCUACCUCGCCCACCAUAAACCCCCCUUCACCACUUCCCCCUCUCCACCUCCUCCUCUAGAUUUCGAUUAUUUCUUACACCUUUCCAUUCGAAAUCUAGCAAGCACGAAUCUUCCAUACGUGCUUGAAGCUUUCAAUCAACCUGGGGAACUGAGGAAUCUGGACAAUGAUAUCGACGCCAGCACCGCAUGUACAGUUGCCCGUCGCGCAUCAGUGGCGCAAGGGAAAGCCCUGCUAGGUCUUUGGGAGCGCGCCUUCAAAGCUUCUUGUUCUGCUUCUCCUUCAACCACCCCCUCCAUCUCCGCCCUUUCCUCCUUCUCUGCAGAUUUCAAACUCGCAAAACCGGAUAUCUUCGGAUUACAACUGAAUGCGCAUUUCGCACCUCUGUUCGGUGUAUUGUGUAAAUGUUUGGGAUUGUCUGCAGAGGAAGCGAGUUAUCUGUUCUUGUGCAAUCAUGCGAAAAGUGUGCUUUCUGCUGCCGUGAGGGCGGGAGUUAUGGGACCGUAUUUGAGUCAUGGGUUUUUGGCGUCGGAGAAAUUGCAGGGGGUUAUUAGGGGAUGUGUGGAUAAGGAGAAGGGGACUGAGGUGCAGGAGGCUGGACUGACUGUGCCGGUUAUGGAUUUGUGGGUGGGGAGGCAUGAAUUGUUGUAUUCUAGAAUCUUCAAUUCUUAA